AUGGGCACGACCAAAAAGGACCAGCCCGAUGCUGGUCUGAAGAGUCUGAAUCACUAUUCGAACCGAUUGCCCCUCUGGCGGUAUUGGCCGCGACAACAGCUCAUCCCAUUGAUCCGAUAUGAGACGCCGUAUUUGGCUUGGGUACAGGAGAAAGUGCGCACGCCUACUUUUGACUCGUAUUUCGCAUUCACGGCCAACCUCGGCACCCAUACGUUCUUCAUGGUCUUCUUGCCCUUCCUCUUCUGGUGUGGUUCUCCCAGUAUGGGUCGUGGAUUGGUUCAUAUCUUAGCAUCGGGCGUCUUUUGGAGCGGCUUCCUCAAGGACCUGCUGUGUCUUCCUCGCCCUCUGUCUCCCCCACUCCAGCGAAUUACUAUGUCCGGUUCUGCAGCACUGGAAUAUGGCUUCCCAUCGACACACUCCACCAACGCUGUCUCCGUUGCGGUCUAUGCUUUGGCCCUGCUUGGUUCACCCGAUUCGACUCUCAGCGCGCAGGUCACCAUCUUACUCCAAGCUGUCACCUAUAUCUACGUCGUGUCCAUCGUAUUGGGUCGACUGUAUUGCGGAAUGCAUGGGUUGCUGGACUGUACUGUCGGGUGUGCUAUUGGUGCAGCCAUCGGGCUUGUACAGUUUCAUUAUGGACCUGCCUUUGAGGAAUUCAUUCUAUCCGCUUCGCUGACGGAGAUUUCCCUACUGGCGCUUCUUAUUAUAUUCCUCGUUCGCGUCCAUCCGGAGCCGGCUGAUGAUUGCCCAUGCUUUGACGAUAGUGUUGCAUUUGCAGGAGUCAUGCUAGGCGUGGAUGUGUCUUCAUGGCACUUCGCCGAUAUCUGGGUCGGCUAUCCUUCUGGAUCAAUUCCCUAUGACCUCGAGAGCGUGGGCUGGGUUAAAACUGUCAUUCGUCUGGUCAUGGGCGUCUUGUGCGUGUUUGCUUGGAGAACUGUAACAAAGCCCGCUCUGCUGCGCAUUCUGCCACCUAUAUUCCGGGCCCUGGAGAAGCUCGGUCUUUUGCUCCCUCGACGUUUCUUCACCACCGCAUCUAAAUACACCACAGUUCCCUCUAACCUAAAUGAUCAUGACGUUCUUCCAAACUUUUCUGACAUCCCAGACAUAAUUACCACAAUGCGCCAUCCUCGCCGCCGAGCCAUUUCAAUUGGUCCUCAGUCAGAAGCUGAUGCGUAUGAAACUCUGGCGUACCGAGAAAAGCGCCGACGCGAGAGUCAAUCUGGGAGCAACCGUCCUUCUCCAGUCGCAGAGGAUCAAACCAAGCCCAAUGGAACGCCCGUGCGGUCGAGAAAGACGGCAUCACUGGACGAUUACGAAGGCAUGAUGGGAAGAGGAAGCCCCAGUUCAUCGGCAGUAGAUGCUGGGGAGCGGGAUGAAAAAGAAGUGUUCUCCCAGAUCAAGAAGCCUCGUGUGCGGUACGACGUGGAGGUAGUGACAAAACUGGUUGUAUAUGCAGGUAUUCCAUGGGUGGUCAUCGAGGUUGCACCCCUGUUAUUCGACCUAGUCGGACUUGGAACCCAAUAA